UAACAGGUUUCAUCGUAGACGCUUGAAUUGGAAUGGAAUUUCGGACUACUUCGAUUCGGACAAAAUGCUAUUCUAAGUAGGACAACAAUCGGUUCUUUUUGAAAGCUGCACCAAUACUAAGAUGAGUUUAGAUGCAGAGAGGGAGAGAAAGCGCCGGUCCAGUGGCAGCACAACAUUGACAGCUCAGCAUGUGACUGACAACCUAGGUAGUUAUGGGGAGGUGAUUCUUCACUGCACUGUUAACAUUACACGAGGUAUUCGGGAAUGUGGCAACACCAUUGUGCUGAAACAUGUGUGUGCCCUUCUUAACUCUGGAGGGGGAAUUCUGCACAUGAGGAACCUGGAUGCAGAGCGAGGGGUGGUGUUAUCCAAACACCUCGACACGUGGUGGAGUGGUAUGGAGAUCAAAAUGGCCGAGAUCCUCUCGCAUGAUGAUAUUUGUAACUACUUCGACCUUGUUGGUAACCAUGAUGACCGGGACCUGUACCUGUUUGUAAAGACUGCUGAGCAUCUGUGUACCUUGAAAUACCACUGCAGGCUUCCGACAGACACAGCUACCCAUGAUGUGACGUACCAGUCAUUGAUGCGUCUCCUAGUGGAACGUGGCGAGCCUGGGACCCUCGAAGAUCUCCCACUGGUACCUGACAGAUAUGUGUUCGGGCGCUCAGCCAGCGAACUGAAGAAGGAAACCAAACAGAUUCAAUUCAAGCAACUCUGUGCCGCAAAAAACAAACAGAAGGGCACAAGCACACUCCCGGAGCGUGUUUGUGGUCUGAUGGUGAAAUAUGUGUCAGCCUUCGCCAAUCAUGCGGGCGGCCAUAUAUACUUUGGUAUCGCAGACACCCGGGCAAAUGUGGUGGGGGAGGAGAUGACGCACGCAGAUCAACGCAAUCUAGAGCAGCUGAUUGCUGGUCGUAUGCGGAAUAUGAUAUGGGGGGACAGGAAUGUACCAGUUUCCCGCGGUGUUCACUGGGAUGUAAACUUCUACCCCGUGGAGAAUGCUCCGAAAAAGACUGUGCGUGUGGUAGUGGUGGUGUCAGUGGUGCGUUUUCCCGGCGGUGUAUUCACCCACUGUCCAGUCAGCAGCUACGUAAGCACCAGUGGGAGAUUGGAGGAAUUCACCUUCACCCAGUGGCGGGACGCAGUGCUCAAUCCUCUCAGAGAUGUGCCCGAGCUUCACAACCGGUUCCAGAAGCUGAUGUUACUGGUUCCCCGCGCACCACUCAUCUUUACAUUGCCCAACACUGUGGACACCAUCAGACAGAAAGUGUUACAAGUAAAGAUGGACACUGUACAGCCUCGUCAGUACAUCGAGAGUUAUGCCAUUCCGCAGUACAGGGAGGCAAUCCGGGCAGUUCUUAACUUCUUCAAGGGACAAAACUCCAUCAUUAUGGGCAUGGAGUGCUGGGGCGUGAAAAUCCCCAUGGCAGAAUGUGCAGACACCAUCUGUGAUGUCGCCAUAGUUACAGAGUUCCAUAAUGUGCAUGUCCUGACAUUCUCUACAGCCUACAACGAUGCAGUGAUACAUCAUUCCCAGUCAGCGGCAGCCAUCUUGAAAACAAGGCUAGUUCAGCAUGGGGGUUGUACAGAAAAAUUUAGUGUGGUUUCCCAUGUUUUGGACAUCACAAAUCAGGAUAUAUUGCAUAUUUUAGAAACUCAAAUGGCCGGCAGAGAUAUUUACCCAUCUCACUUUGCUCCCAGUAAAAGAAAAUUUGACAAGAUCUUGAACUCCUUAGUUAUAUGCAUGGGGUCCUACAUGGCCAAGUCCCAAGUCGUUCACAGUAUUAAUCAAAAUGGCUACUACUACUUCCUGCUGACUCAUGACCAGUUUGAGUUGCUAUGGACGCAGCAGUUCACCAAGGAAUUGUGGGUACAUGGUCCAGCCGGGGCAGGGAAAACUGUGGCAGCCGCACAGAUGAUCCAGGAACUACGCCGAAGAGGCUGUCGACUGGAAAACAUCCUGUAUCUGGCAGAAAACGAGAAACUCUGCGAUUUUGUAAAGUCCCACAAUCUAUGCCUCGUUACAACCAGACGACAGAUAUUGGCUGAGAGCCAAGACCCCAGGAUUAUGGACAGGAAAUAUGGGCAUGUCUGUAAUGUGAUUAUAGAUGAGGUUCAAAAUUUCAAAGACAGGGAUGGUGAUUGGUACAGCCUGGCUCAGCAGAUAGCCAAUCAGAAUCCUCCUAACAAACUGCAUAGGUGUUCAAACUAUUUUUGGCUAUUUAUGGACUACUCGCAAAAAGUGCACAAGUUCAAAGCAGGGUUGCCAGCGGUGAUUGGAAAGAACAAUUUCAUGUUGAGCGAAGUGAGUCGAAGUACAAAGGAGAUAUUCGACUUCACAUCGAGGCUCAUGAUGGCCUCGGAGAACGUUGAGGGGCUAACACACCCUGGAUUACAAUCAGUCAACAGCGUCCCAAAACUGGCUCAUAACUUCUCCUCAGGGAAAGGCGUGGACAUUCUGUCAUGCAAGGAGGAUGAAAUGAGGACCCUGCUGUCUCGAGUGUUAUCAGGCCUGCUUCAAAAUGGCGUCCACCAGGAUGACAUAGCAAUUUUGGUGGGCAAGAGGAAGGAGCUGGAUCACCUGCAGACAGAGUUGUCCUCCUUGAAUCUGGAUAAAUUUUCAGUAGCAGGGAGGAAGGAUUCAAGGGACAUCAACCAUAUGACUAGCAGGAGGUCAGUUGAGGAGCACCUACAGAGUUGUGGAUCAGACAGAAGCUUACAGCAUGAUCGCAGUAGGUCCCGCAGUCCAAGUCUACAAUCCAUCGCGGAAAACCCGUCCUCAAUGUCGCUAGAGGAUGUAUCUGAUGAUAGUUUCGAUGAAUCCUUCGAGAUCAGCAACCCAUUUGAUGUGCUCGCUCAGGGAAAUCUGGAUUCUGUAGAGCAAGAAUUGCCUGGUGAAUUGAACAAUCAAUAUGUUGCCAUGGAAACUGGUGACCCUGUUGCCAAGAAACAGAAAGUAACAUUCUACAGGUAUGAUUCUAGUGUUGAUGAAUCUGACUCAGAGAGACCUCAGAAAGAAAAGGAUCCGAAAUUGAGCAUGGAGAGCAAGGAAGAUUCUGUUUCCAAGGAGAUAGAUGGAGUUGCCAUAGAUACGGUGAGAAGGUUCAGUGGCUUAGAUAAGGCAGCUGUUAUUGGUAUUAACCCGUAUGUGAACGAGGAACAUGCAGACUUUAGUAAGUUCCUGCUUAGUUUGGCGACCAGGGCAAAAGAUAAUCUCGUUAUCAUCACAACCUCAGACAAUGUGAAACAGAGACUGGAUAAACUUGUUAACUGACAUCUAGAUUUUAUUAGUAAAGUUUAAUCAGCUAAAUGAUGAAAAAAGUGGCAUAUAAAAUUUACUUUCCAAUCUUAAAACAGUCAUUGAAGUUGAGACUUAUUGUAAACAAGCCCGAAAAUCAACAUAUGUGCUUGGCAUCAACAUUCUUCACUAACCCUGCUAUAUAAAAUUUCAGAAUUUCAGCAAGCCCAGGAAGCAUUUAACCAGUGCAGGGCUUGCGGGCUUCUGCUAAUUUCGACCACUGUUAAAAUAUAGCUUUCUGAGAAAGAUGAAUUAUUCCUGAAUGAUGUUGUUGUUGUUUUUGUAACAAAAUAUAUUUAUACCAGAUAUAUAAGUUAGAUUUUUACCUUUUUAGUAAACUAUGAUAUUAGUACAGUAUAAUACUAGUCUUGUAUGAUUACUUAGAUUUUUACCUCAUACAUGUUAGAUUUGUCCAUUUCAGUAAACAAUGACGCAAGUAAUAUUGUAUGGUUACUUCAAAAAUCUAAAAGCUCAAUAUUAGAUAUGGAAUGAUUUUUUGCCUAAUAUUUCCUCUGUUUUGUUGUUUGCAUUGUAAAAACUCCUAUGUUACUCACAAAUGUUUGAGAUUUUUCAUUUUAAUAAUUGCUCAUAUGUGCCAUACUAUAAUGGAUAAGAUGGCACCAUUUUAAUUGUCUUACAGUAACAAUAAUUUGGUAUUGUUAAUCUUUAUUAGUGGAUUAGUUUUUGUUCGUGAAUAUACAGCCAAACCCUUUUGGCUCAAACUCCCAGGGACCAGCCAAAAUGCUUCCAGCUUUGGGAAAUUGGACCAAGCGGGCAUGAUGUAUAUAAAAAAUAAGUUCUUUACAUUCAGUUCGAGCCAACGAGGAAAUGGGGCCUAGCAAGUUUGAGUCAACAGGGUUCAACUGUAUUCAUUAUGGACAAAUUGGUGUACUUGUUUUUGGUGCUGUUAAUAUUUUCAUGAAUUUAAAGUUUGCAUUAAGACAUUUUUUUAUUAUUAUGUUUUAAUAAAAAAAUCAGCUAAAAAAAUUCAAGAUGAAUUUCAAACCAUAGCUUGGACGGUGAUUGUUAACAAAAUUAAUAUAGAUGUGUUUAAAAAAAAUGUUUUCUUAACUUUUACAUUAAUUAAAAAUGUUUUUGAUUCUAUGCAUGAUGACAGAUUUUCAUCAAAUCAUUUUUUAUAUAAUUUAGUGAUUAAACUUUUAAAAAUUGUUAGACAAAUUUCAAGCCAUAGCUUGAUCUGUGAUUGUUAACAAAUACAGGUAUGUUUAUUGGGGUUUUUUUUAUGUUGUUAACUUUUCCAUAAAAUCAAAAUGUUUUAACAUCAGGGCAUUAAGACAGUUUUGCAUUAAGACAGUUUUUUAUCCCCCGCCGAAUCGAAGAUUUCGGGAGGGGGAUAUUGUUUUGGCGUUGUCAGUCCGUCAUUCCGUCUGUCUGUCCGUCCGUCCGGUACCAUAUCUUGGUAAGCAUUGAUCAGAAAAUGUUCAAACUUGGUCAGAAUGUUCCCCUUGAUCCAAUAUAUCUGGACAAAUCUUCAUGAAACUUGAUCAGAAUGUUUGCCUUGAUGAAAUCUUAGAUUAGUUUGGAACUGGGUAACAUGGAGUCAUAAACUAGGUUUCUUGGUCAAUUCUAAAUGUAACAUUAUAUACAAUAUUUAUUUUUUUUCAAACAGUUGCAAUCAAACUCAAACUCAUAUAUUUAUUUCAUCAACAAUUGAUUUCCAUUCCUUGAAAUAGCCCAAUCAGGCGGGGGAUAUCAAUUCAACGAAUUUGCUUGUUUUAUAUAAUUCAUUGUUUACCCUUUUGAAAAUUAAAAAUUUUCAAACCACAAGUAGGACUGAAAGACUAAUAAUCUACUUUUAUACUAAAUAAUACCAUCAUUACAAGUGUCAUUGCACGAUGUGAAAAUGAUGUCAUAAAACAAAAUAGUGCAUCUUUAAAAUGUCAUUUGUUAUGAAAUUAUGAGUUUUUUUGGUGAUUUAACCAGUAUUGUAUAUACAUGUUAAAAAGAGUUAUUAACACUGUGUUUUUAUCCUGAAUGUCAAAUUGAACUCUUUUCAGAUUUUGAUUUCAAUCUCCUACAUAUAUCAUGUAGAAAUGCAGUACUAAUAACCCGAAUAUAUGAAAAAUUGUUAACAACUUUUUUACAAUGUAUACUCUCUUCGCAUUGUCUUCCAUACAAUCAUAUAAAAGUAACUUUUAUUUUUUUAUUUUUUGCUUCACAGAUAUUUAUCAAAAACCAUAUCAAACUGUCUUGUUUACUUUGGUUAUAUUUUUAUAUACAUGUACAUUGUUCCUUUUUAUACUUAACUGUUUUAUAUAUUGAUGUGUUUUAGUUUUUAGUAGAUGAAUGUAAGCUUCUGUGGGGGUUUUUUCUUUGCCAUUUCCAUGUGCCCCCUUCUACUACUUUUAACACAGCUGAGCGAUUGUGAUCAGUGAUUGUCUGUUGUCGUCAAGGACUUAUUUGUAAUAAUUAUGCCCCCCUUCGAAGAAGAGGGGUAUAUUGCUUUGCACAGGCAUGUCGGUCGGUCGGUCGGUCAGUCGGUCGGUCCGUCGGUAGACCAAAGCUUGUCCGAGUGAUAACUCAACAAUUCCUGGACGUAUGGUCAUCAAACUUCACAUGAAGGUUGGGCCUGACCAGAAGAUGACCCCUAUUGAUCUUGGGGGUCAUCGGGUCAAAGAUCAAGGUCACAGUGACCUUUAAUGGUAAAAUAAUUUUAAAGCUUGUCCGAGUGAUAACUCAACAAUGCCUGCACCCAUGGCCCUCAAACUUGACAUGGAGGUUGGGCCUGACCAGUAGAUGACCCCUAUUGUUUUUGGGGGUCAUCAGGCCAAAGGUGAAGGUCACAGUGACCUUGAAUGGUAACGUGACAAUGCCUGCACCCAUGGCCCUCAAAUUUGACUUGGAGGUUGGGCCUGACCAGUAGCUGACCCCUAUUGUUUUUUGGGCUCAAUGGGUCAAAGGUCAAGGUCACAGUGACUUUGAAUGGUAAAAGGUUGGUUGAGUGAUAACUCAACAAUGCCUGCACCCAUGGCCCUCAAACUUGACUUGGAGGUUGGGCCUGACCAGUAGAUGACCCCUAUUGUUUUUGGGGGUCAUUGGGCCAAAGGUCAAGGUCACAGUGACCUUGAAUGGUAAAAGGUUGUCCGAUUGAUAACUCAACAAUGCCUGCACCCAUGGCCCCCAAACUUGACUUGGAGAAUUGGCCUGACCAGGAGAUGACCCCUAUGGUUUUUGGGGGUCAUCUGGCCAAAGGUCAAGGUCACAGUGACCUGGAAUGGUAAAAGGUUGUGCGAGUGAUAACUCGACAAUGCCUGCACCCAUGGCCCUCAAACUUGACUUGGAGGUUGGGCCUGGCCAGAAGC